CCUAACCGAGCCCCCGCAGGCAGUGCUAUAUAAAGUGACAAACUUGCACGUUUUGUCGUACUAGUCGACGUGCGCCAGCACAUCGUCAAGCUCUCAUCACUUGACAAGAGUCUCGACCUGGGCUCAGCGGGAAUUAAAAAAUCAUUGUCAGACAUUUGAGCCAAGUGUCAAGGAAUGGAGAGGAAUUGAAAGGAAUCAUUACCACCGGAAAUUCGUGAGCCCGACUAACUCAACUACCGGCUAGUCGCCCCUUGUACGCCUCAUCGUGCUUCAUAAUGUUCUUCUCAAAGAUGGGCUAUUGUCUCGUAUUUCUCUGCCUGGCUGUUAGUUUCCAACGUUCGUUCUCGCUGCGCCAAGGAUCCACGGACUAUGAGGACAUGUCAUUCUGGAUGAAAUCUGGUCAGAAGAAUUUGCAGAGGGUAUUGGGCAUGAGAAAUGUAGAGAAACGUGCCAAAAACAUAAUAAUAUUCAUCGGCGAUGGCAUGGGAAUGGCGUCAAUAACAUCGGGGAGAAUAUUGACUGGUCAGCGGAAAGGUUUAGCUGGUGAAGAAUAUAAAUUGAUAUUCGAAGAAUUUCCAAACACUGGAUUCUCGAAGACUUACAACGUGGAUAAGCAGGUGCCCGAUUCAGCUGGUACAGCGACUGCUAUAUUUUCCGGCGUCAAGAGUCGGUACAAGGUCAUUGGUUUAGAUGCGAAGGCCUCCUACAACUCCUGUGACGCGACUGUCAACGAAGCGAGAAAACUGACGACCUUGGCCGAUUGGGCCCAAGCAACGGGCAUGGAUACAGGUUUUGUGACAACGACGAGGAUAACCCACGCAACCCCAGCAGCACUUUACGCUCAUGUAAAUAAUCGAGACUGGGAGUGUAACAGCAAUAUUCCGAGGGAAUACAAAAAUUGCGCGAAGGAUAUUGCGCGCCAGUUGGUUGAAGAUACCCCGGGGAACAAAUUUAAGGUAAUUAUGGGAGGCGGUGGUCAAAAUAUGGGUCACCCCGUGAACGAUCCCCUCGACUCCGAAACUUGCGUACGAGACGAUGGAAAAGAUUUAACAGCAAUUUGGAAAGACUUCAAUCCCCAAGGGAAAUUCGUAACGAACGCCUCUGAUCUUAUGUCGGUGGACAUCGCCAAAGCGUCGAAACUCCUGGGGAUUUUCGCAUCGAGCCACAUGCCCUACCAUGAAGUUAGAACCGAAAACACGCCGACCCUAGCGAACAUGACACUCCAGGCGAUUCGAAUGCUGCGGAAAAGCAAGAACGGAUUCUUCCUCAUGGUUGAGAGUGGAAAAAUCGACAUAGCGCAUCAUCAAAAUUAUGCAAGGUUGGCACUCCGUGAAGUGACGGAGCUAGAGGAGGCGGUUAAGAUCUCCCUCAGUCAGGUGAAUAUCGAAGAAACGUUGAUCAUCGUCACGGCUGAUCACUCCCACAGUUUCACGAUGAAUGGCUACCCAGAGCGGGGCAAUGAUAUUUUCGGCUUAGCCAACAACAAACUCGAUCCAACAAUUAGGCCUUAUGAAACCCUGACCUACGCCAAUGGCCCAGGUUUCAUGUAUCAUAGACUGAAUAGUACCAAUUCCACUGGUAUUUGGAGACCUGUUGAGGAUGAUUCCAAUAGGGAAAAGCCGUUCUAUAGAUUCUUCUCUCCAAUGUACCUGAAGGAUGACACACAUGGCGGUGAAGACGUCGGAGUUUACGCUAUUGGACCCUAUUCGCAUCUCUUCAGAGGUACCUUCGAACAAAACUACAUCGCCCAUGCUGUAGCCUACGCCAGUUGCCUGAAGGACUGGCCUUCCCACUGUGAUCGUGCUUACAACCGCUUCUUCUAUGAAGUCGCAAACUCCUCGCGAAGUAUAUUCUCCGCUCCCGUUUCCACCGUCAUCCUCACUAUAUUCCUCGCUGUGUUGCGUCUGACUUGAGAGGCUUGAGAGUCAGAAAAAUUCAAAAUCAUUUGAGUUUUGAUAGUCAAUUUGAAAUUCUUUCCACAUAGUGGAACUUUAAAUUAUUCCACCCACUAUUACUGCACAUCGAUCAUGUUCUCUCCUUAGUUUCUACUUUUAUAGCGAACUUAAUUAGAUCAUAAAAGUAACCGACAUUCCCAAGAGCACGAAAACGAAAGCUUCCAGGAUAAAGCGCCUUUUUAUAUCGAGAGUAUUACCCAGCCAAUGAGAUUUAUUUUGAGUGUGCUUGAUGAAUGAACUGGAGAUAACCAUGUUAAACAUUGUCCUAGUAUUAUUGUAAUUUGCUCAUUCGUUAUGAUGCAAGGGGAAAAAAUGUUGACGCAGAACGAAUGAAUGGUCAGCCGACGGAUUUUAUUUAAUGAGUGUGUGUCGAUAUUUUGAGUAGACACGAGUCUACACGAAAAUGCAGGACCAUUUUCUAUGAGAAUACAUAUCAAAUAUUUUAUAUAAAUAUGUUUUUAUCCCAGCCAAUGUAUUUAUACUCAUACAGUAGCGAAAAUUUUAGUGCCUAAGGAUGAAAUUGGUCACAUUUUUGCUCAAUUAAAAGAACGAAAACAGAAUAAUCGUCUCUACUGAAUCAUA